GUACGCCAUAAUGCCAGAAGAUUUUGAUGACGAUAAUUUUUCUUUCAGAAAUGAGAAUAAUCUGUCGCUGUUCGCCUUCUUGAUAGAUGUGUCAUAGCGACCGUUGGGGGAGAAUCAAACCUGAAGGAGAUGUCAGAAGAAGACGGUAGUAAAUCUCCGUCACAUGAUAAGGAUGGUGAAGAAGAGACUAUUGACGUUGGUACAACAGCCGAGCCACAUGUUUUGGUAUCUGACUCGCUGGAGCAGACAAUUGACUCAUCUGGGAGCAGUGAAGAAUCCAGCUCACGGGACAUGUCUGUCAGCCAGUCUCUGCCAGCCGAUACCGACCCAGUAGAUGGCUCUGAUGGCCUAAUGUGUGUGUCUGUGGCCAACACCAAUGUCUCCAUGCACAACCUAGCUGACAAGUCACCUAACACACAUCAAGAAUUAAGCUCACCUCUUCCUGAUGAUUUUGUCAGUUCACCCACAGAUGCCUCAAAUCCCCUCUCUGACUCCUACCAAGGUCAGAAGUCAUUAAUUUGCACCUUGUGCGAUUAUUCAACUAAUGAUCGGAGCAACUUCAAACGUCACAAAAGACUUCAUAUUCGCUCCAACCCUGUGAAUGUCCUUAAGUGUGGAAAGUGUUCCUACACAACAAUUUUACCUCGGAAGAUCCGAGAACAUUAUCGGCAGCAACACAACAUUGUGUAUACUUGUAGGCAGUCGGAGUGUUUGGAUGCUCCAGCUUCACUGUACAGUGGACAUAGACCGCCAGACAUGCCUGUCACUUUUCAGAAUUUAGAGAUGACUUCAAGGCAGCCCCCUGGAAAUAGAACUGUGUCUGUAGCCCCGAGUGCCCUACACUCCCUACUGACCUCAGUUGGUCCAGAAAGGCUGGAGUAUGGGAGGAUUCAUAACCCAAACCUGCCUCAGUAUGAACCGUACGAGUCCCACUCACAACCCCUGCCCCGGGUCCAGGAACCACACAUGGCAUCAAAUUAUUUGCGGUCCAUUGUUUCUACAGUGCUACCACCCAAUCCCCUUCAUCGUGUGGCAGCAACUAGUACCAUCACAUCAUCCAGUUACUAUUUAAAUACAGCAGAUGUAUCAAAUCAUCGUCACGUAUCGGGCAGUGCCCUUCAAAACCCCAGCCUGGCUGGCAUGCAGGCCAUGGACUUGCAGCUUGAUCCGGCGGUGAAGGUAAAACAGGAACCAGUGGACAUGGUCAUGGACACUGUGUCCAGUUCUGGAGUGGGUUCCCGUACCCCUGAACCCAGCAGGCAGUACGAAAACCACCCUGUCCGCCUGCAGAGGCAUAUGGAUCCUCCAGACAGCAUCUCCUACAUGCCCAUGGACAGAGGCAAUGAGGCUGUGCCUCUCACCUUCCCCAGUCAACCUGGCCCCUCCGACGAGCGGAGACGAGAAAGUAGGCGAGAAAGUCGAUACCAAGAGGAACCUUGUGGCUCACAGCCUCACAUUAAAAUGGAAACUUCUAGUAUUGGGGUCCAGUGUGCCAUGCCUGUGGUGAAAGCAGAACCAGUGGAACGCACUGUUUCUGAGAACAAGCGUCGGAUGAGGGGAACACUGUUGAUGAUUGAGCGUGGUACUCAGUGUGAACUGAUCCAGUGCAGCAGGGGUAGCUCACAACAGGGCAUCCAGUCGUACGGCAGUGACUCAGAAGGCAGUGACCAACAGGCACCCUCUCAUAGGCAAUGCUCAAAGUGUCUUCACUGUGGAGUCACAUUUGAUGAUGAAGUUCUCUAUUCCAUCCACAUUGGCUGCCACAGCCAUACUGAUCCUUAUGUGUGCAAUGUGUGUGGCAAACACUGUCAUAAUAAGUACGGCUUUUAUUCACAUAUCAUGAGAGGCCACCAGUGCUGAAAGAACAGACAUUUUUGCUGUACAUGUAUAUCAUUGCUUUCAUGUAGAGAGAAUAAUAUCAUUGAAAACAUGACAUAAUUUGGACUUGUGAUCUGAGGUGUACUGUACUGAAGCCAGCACACCUCAGAUCAAGAGGUCUAGAGUUUACUAUUUAUAUAUUAAUAACCAUGUGCUCAAUAUUAAGAGAGGACAUUUUCUCCCAAUUCUUGGGGAUUAUUUUUGAUUAAGUAUAUAUUAUUGUAGUGUAAAUGAUAUCUGUUAGAGGUUAAUCAAGUUACGAAAUGAUGAUGGUAUACAAGUUUAUAUUUGUGUGCCGUAAGCCCCAUUUUGUGAUAGUCUCUGUGUAAAGUGUAGUAUUUUUAGUGUAAAUUAGAUAUAACAUGUUAUAUUGAACCAGUCAAGAGCUCUACCACCUAUUAUUUCGAAUUAAUAAAUGUUGGAUCUGGUGUUUCUUCUUAAAUGUUUUUGACUUUAAGACAGAACAACUUUAAGACAGAUACAAAUACUAACUACAUAUGUAAUAUACAAGCAGGGCGAGAUACUUCUACUAUACCAUUAAAGUACUGCUUGUAAAUGUGAUAAAGUAGUAACAGAAAAAUACCGGUAAGACCUAGAUAGCAUCUUGUAAUGGCAUUUAUUAGGGUUAAAGUUAUUGCAGUUGCAUGAGUGGGAUAGAUUGUCAAAUGGUUCAGUUUCUGUUUUCUUGUACAGUGUGUUAUUUUUUGGGCAUUAGGAACUGUAAAUCAGUUUGUGAAUAAUUUUGGGAAAGUGAAAUUCUGCUUUUUUAUGUAUUUUGACCAUCACAUCAGUUUUGCUUGUUGUUGCUGUGGAAUGUUGAGUGCUUCGACUACUCCUUUAGGCUGAUUUGUUUACACAAUUUUUGUCGUGUCACUUAGUUUAUAUCAUAAAGCUUUACUUUUGUUACUUUGUUACUUGUGUAUUAUCUUCUGGUAUUACACUAUUUAAUGUAAACAUGAGCAUUGGUUUUCCUUCCAUUCUCUUAAUAGGGCUUUGCGAAAUUGCUGUGCAAAGGUUUUUGAUUUUCUAGUCAAUUGAGUCAGUGCCUUUAAUUCAUGUUUCAACUUGCUCAUUUAACUUAUUACAACUUCAUUUGAGCUCUUCUGGUGCUUUACAUUUUGCAGUGUAAUAGGCAGCAAUUUUGUCAACAUACCAUUUGUUGUGUACAUCCUAAUUUAUUUCACUGUUAUUUUUUGUGGUGAAAUCUCAAUCCCUUUUUACUAGGAGUAUGUCUCUCUUCCUACAGUGGAAUACACAUAUUUCAGUUUUUACUACAUUGUUUAUGGUGAUUGGUACAAGAUAUGCAAUAUAAUUAUUUUGUUAUUUAUUUUACUCAUGCAAUUUCAUUAAUUUUAAAGUGCAGCACCUCACACUAACACAUGUACAUCGGUACAAUUUUCUACUAAUGUUGUACUUGUACAUAAGACCUAUUAAGUUUCUGUUUUACUUUUUCUUCCCAAAUGUUAUAUUUGUUGCUAUAUUAUCUCGUUGUCCUGUCUGAAAACAUGCUCCCAUCUUACUGGUGUCAUAAAGUCAAAUGGUUAUAACAUUACACGGGAAAUAACCCUUUACUGUCUCUCUCUUUCUCCUUCGUCUGCAUCGGGAUACAAAUAUUUUGUCCUGCAUUCUUUCUUCCAAUUACUGUGUCCUCCCUUUGUUAUAUAAUUUUCAUUCCUAAUUCAUUUCCGUUCUCCCUCUAGGUUAACAACUUUGCCAACUGUGUCACUCUAUUCCUUAUCAUUAUCGUCUUCCCUAUGUAUCCAAACAGUAUCUCUAUCUAUCCCCUCACACUUCCUUGCCAGUCCCUCCAUACCUUACUCUAUUCCUCUUCCCUCCAUUUAUAUGGUUCAUCGUUUCCCAUACUGUCUAUGCAUUAUUGCUUUCCAGUAUCACCGGUCUUCACUUAUUAUAUCUCCAUUUGAGCCUGUCACAGUUUCUUUUCCUUUCUUAGUGCCUAUCCUGUACUCCAUUGUUGUGAUCACCUUCUUCCCUUAUCAUCUCUCCAUUUGAGCUUUCCACAAUUUCUUUUCCUCCUUUCAAUAUACUGUUGUCCAUUAUUGUGAUUCCUUUCUUUCCCUAUCUCUCCAUUUGAGCCUUCCACUCUUUCUUGUCCUUCCUUAAUGUCUUUCCUUUUUUUACAUCGCUGUGACUCCAUUCUUCCAUUUCGGUCAUGUAUUUCUCUUCCUGGCACAUUUUAUUUUCCUUCCAUUCUUUUAUGACCUCUCACUGUUCCUGCCUUGACGCAUCCCUCUUCAAUUCUGUCUUUUUUUUUCGUCGACUUUAUGACUGGUAUAUAGCUCACAUCCAGAUAGGGUUUGCAUUCUUGUGAUGACAUCAUCAGGCUUUUCAUUCAGAAUCGGAGGUCAGAGUUCAAAACUAGGCGGCUGAAUUGAAAAUAAUUAUGUCACAAUUACUAUUGACUCAGAUAGUAAGAAUAUUCAAAGUAGACGACUACGGGGACGGCAGCCACUCAUUUAGCUGUAUGUCUGCUGCUUGCACUUUUUCAACACCCUGCAUCAUAACAGGGUGUUUGUAGAAGCAGAUUUUAUCGCAUAAACAUAAAGUUACUGGAUUUACGAGAAAAAUUAUGAAAAGCAGGAUUUGGCGGGCACACAGGAAAUACAGUAUGGGGCAGUUGUAUAGGGAAUAGUUAGAAGUCUAUGUAUAUUUUUAGCUGAAUUAACAUGGAUGUAUGUCUCCUUUCCCUUUAAAUGGAUUUGCUGCGUUUAAAGGUUGUAGCACGACAAAAAUGAUGUUGCACAUCGCUAUUCUCAAUUUUGUUUAGGUCCGCUUUAUAAAGACAUUUACAAUAGAAAUUCUGAAAAGACUGCUGAGGUAUAUAUGCUGUUGGUUUGUCGGAUGACCCCGGUGCAGUCAACCAUAAAGGAGUUGGGAAGUGCAUCGUGUAAAUUUACCGGACAUAAUGUUCUGUUUCUCUCAUGAUCAGACACGUCUUUUCACAACAAUUCUUUGUUUUACAAUUAAACUGAAGCGAUGUCUGUAAUAUAUGCAAGUCUCGGUGUUGCUGAUAUGUUUUUUUUUUUUUUUUUUUACCAUUGGUUAGUAAUUAUCUAUCGCUUGCAGUCUGAUUUUACUCCAAUGGCGUUGAUCCGGAAGCAAAACGCACAAAAAGCGAAAUUAAUAAAGCGCCUUCGUGUCUAUUUUUGUAUGUAGCAUUUGCUGUCUUCAUCUCACCUAACUCUUGUACUACCCUGCUGCCAAUGGUCGUG